AUGGAUUCAAGUUUCUACCAACCUUAUUAAUACAAAAAAUAUACUCUAAGGAAUUAUCUACUUAAAUAGGAUUAGCUAGACUACUAAUAUGAGUGUUUAGAAUUAGAAAAUGAUUAAUGGUCAAGCAUCUCCAUAUUGAAAGGCUAUCCAUAAUAUAUUAAAAUAAGGAUUCAAGAUUAUUUUCCAUUAAAAAUAUUUUUCAAUGUUGGAGCAUUUAAAUGCAACACUUACUUCUCCUUUUAAACCUUCUAGCCAUCCGAAACAAAUCAUCAAAAACAUGUUGUUAUAAAAUAAUAAAAAAUUAUUGUAAUUAAGAGACCUGAGGAACAUAAGCAAUAUCUAUUUAUUACUCUCUUAUCUGAUUUUAGUACAUAAGUCAAACUUAAAGCAUGGUUUUAAAAAUCCGAAAAAGACAGAUGCUAUUUCCUUUGUUAUUAUGGUUAAGAAUAAAACAGAAAAAGAAGCUGCUCAUAAAAUAACAAUAGGACAGAUGAAGAAUCGUGUAUUACUGUUAAAAAUAAUACUACUACUAUUACAACUACUAAUUGUAUAGAAAAAUCUCACUUAAGUGACGGCAAUGUCCCUCCAUUAAAAUCUUUAAGUGAAAAUCGUAGGUUUAACACUCUCAAAUAGAAAACCGAAUCAAUACCUUUAAAAAGUAGAAUUUUAUAAGUGUAACAGAAAAAACUUUAAUUAUACUCUCAAAAUGUAGUUCAAAGAUAUUAACGAAUGCUAAUAUAAUCAUAUAAAUAAUUAAAUUAAUCAAGAAUGAUGAAAAAAUAUAUCCAUUAAUGGAUUAUUACUAUAAAUUUCCUUUAGCAAAUGGAAUUAAUUUAUGCUCAUUUUAAAAUCAAUAAAAUUUUAAGAUGCAUGUCUAAUUCUCCAAAACUCUAUGCAUAAAGAUGGAAACAAUUGAAUGAUAAAAAUUUUGGCUAAAAAAGUAAAAUAUUAAUUCAAGCCAAUUUAACCCUUUCAAUAUACUCAAAUUAAGUGAAUGAAAAAAUUUAAUAAUAAAUAUCAUAACUUAUCUUUAUAUGUUUGGCAGACACAAGCUUCAUCCAAAAGCAAGCGUAAUUAUAGCAAUCGUUUGUGAAUUUCUACUUAAGGGUAAGAAAGAUUUAACAAUAUUAUCUGUAAUAAAGAAACAAAUUCAAUAUUUAGAUGAAUUAAAUGAUUUAAAAUAUCAAAUAACACUAACCAACUAUUCUAAUUUCUAAAUAAAGAAUGAAAAGAAUAUUAUCAUAAUUUUAUUAGUUAUUGUGUGCUAAUCAUAAAUCAGAAUAUAAGAGAUACAUGUUAGCCCAAAUUUCUAAUACUACUUUGUUAACUUCUGUUUUCGCAUUAUUUACAAGACCAAAAUUAAAUAUGAUGAAGAAUCAAGCAUUAUUGCUUUAGCUUAUUGAAUAAACCAAAUGA